GCAGCAUCAGUCCCAAGUCCCAAAUCUCUCUCUCUCUCUCUCUCUCUAAACCCAGAACCUCCCCCUCCUCCGCCGUCCGUACGAUUCGCCGCCCGCCGGCGACGGCCGGGGCGAUCUCAAUCCGCCCGGGCCGCCUCCGGCGACGCGUCCGGUCGGCGGCGAAGCCGUAACGUCUCCUCGCCGCCCUCGCAAUGCCGUUAUGCUUCGUCGCCGUUACGACAGAGAACGAGCCAUCGGUGAUUUCCUCUGCCGCCCGAGUCGACGUCCUCGUACUUCGGAUCUCGGAGAUGAGGUGGUUCCGGUGUUGAUGACGUCGUUCGCCGCCGGCGACCGCGACGCACGCGUGGCCUUCUGCUUGUUUUGCCGCCGAUUGAGUUUCGCCUUGCGGAGCCCGAGGUAAUCUCGAGGACUCGAUCGAGCGACCGGGAGGGAAAUCUUUUGGACUGGCGUAGGUUGAUUGCGGAAUAAUGGAGAAGAUCGAGACGGCGUCUGAUUUGGCGCCAAAAAAGCCGGCGAGACAGUUGGAUUUCACGGCAGUUUGUAGAUCGUCGGCGGAGGAUGCGGCUUUGACAGAGCAUCAAGAGCCCCCGUCCCAGCCGCAGCCGCCCCCGCAGCUCGGUACGCAGCUCGAGCUUCGGUUGCCAUCUGAAUCAGAAUCGCAGCAACAAUCGCAUUUGGAGAAGGCGGUUCAGUGGCAGCCACGGCCAAUUCAGUCACUUUUUUUCCGCCCGGUGCAACUUGAGUCGUCAUUGCAGCCACCGCAGGUUAAGUAUCAGUUGAAGCUCUGUCUGCCGCAGGGGAGACCGCCGCAAGUACAGGCUCAGUCUCCGCCGCCACGGAUAAUGAUCUUGAAUUCGAAUUUGCAGCCGCAGACGCAGCCGCAGCCGAUUCCGUCAACACAGCAGAUACCACAUCUUCUGCAUAAGGUUCCAGUUCCGGCAGUGCAAGUUGGCAAUCCAGAAUCUCCCAUUUCACGACCACAGAUUGCUAAUGAAGCAAAAUAUUGUACUCCCGCGAAGCCAAAGACUUGUAAUUGCAAGAGUUCUCGAUGUCUGAAACUGUACUGUGAAUGUUUUUCAGCUGGAGUUUAUUGUGAUGGUUGCAACUGCAUGAACUGUCAGAAUAAUGAAGAAAAUGAGCCUACGAGGAAAUUUGCUGUUAGAGCAAUCUUAGAAAGAAAUCCGGAUGCGUUUAGACCAAAGAUUGCUACCAGUCCUCAUGGAUUACAAGAAAAUGUGGAUGCGGGGGCAAUUCAAAUCGUUGGAAAGCACAACAAAGGAUGUCAGUGCAAGAAAUCUGGGUGCCUCAAGAAAUACUGUGAAUGUUUCCAGGCCGGUGUUUUGUGCUCUGAAAAUUGUAAAUGCAAGGACUGCAAGAAUUUUGAAGGAAGUGAAGAAAGAAUGACUCUCUUCCAUGGUACCCAUGAUGCUAUGGCCUACAUUCAGCGAGCAGCCAAUGCCGCAAUCAAUGGAGCAGUUGGUUCCUCAGGGUAUGGGGUCCCUCCAGCUAUGAAGAAGAUAAAACUCGACAAUUUUUCCAGUAUGCCCCGUAAUGGUAGAUCCAGCCGAGCAAGUGCCCGGUAUCAGCAGGAAAGAAAGUCGGGAUCUUAUGUUGCUGGUGUGGCUUCUUCCCCAUCCACAUCUACAGCUUACACAGCUAAUGCAGCAAUGCGAGGACCUUCCAAAUUCACACACAGAUCUCCGCUGGCAAACAUGCUUCAACCAGAGGACACGAAGAAAUUCUGCUCAUUCCUGGUUUCCAUCUCUACAGAAGCCAGGACUAGAUUUGCAGAGAAGGAAGCAAGGACAGAUCAGCAGAAAGAAGAGGAAAACAUUGAAAACUCAAUCCCUUUGUUUGCUAAAGCAAUAGAGCAUGGUCAAAAGGAUAGUGCUGUUCAGAAAGGUGUGAAUGAUGACAAUUUGCAUAGGAAUCUAGCCGAAAGAGAAGGAACAACUGAUCUUGCAUCCAGUGGAGAGGCUUUGCAAAAUGAUCGGCCAGUUUCUCCUGAAACACUUGCAUUAAUGUGUGAGGAAAAAGAUGCUAUUCUCAUGGCAGAUAGACUUGAAAAUGGAGUUGAUGACCAUACUUGUCCCACAAGUGGUAGAUUUAAUAGUGGAAGAGACCGUACAGGGAUCUAUGUGGAGCAGGAAAAGGUUGUCCUAACAACAUUCUUGCACUUCCUUGACAAUCUCAUCACUCAUGGAAGUAAAGGCACGUUGUUCAGUCCAGCGCUUCAAAUUGAGACAAGAAAACGGCCAGAACUACAAAAUAACCACCCAAAUGUAGGAAGUGAGCCAAAGAAUCACCCUAACCGCAAUGGAAUGCAGGGGCAACUCACAAGAUGAGCGAACGUUCAUCAAGCUGCCUUAAGCAUUCCCCAAGGAUUGUGAAAAUGAUGUGAGCGCCUCUGGUCGAGUUAAAGCAAAUUUGCGCGCAGAAAAUAAAGGUCUGAUUUUGUUAGCAGAUUAUCAAACACGAUCUUCAAUCCUCCUUUGGGCACGAGGAAGUUUAACUUCAAUCGGCGACAUUUUCAUCAUGGUGGAAGAGGAGCGGAGGAGAGAAGCGGAGAUCUAACCCAGAUGAGUUCAUUAGAUACACAUUCCGAUGUCGAAACUAGAAAGGAUGCCUGUGGUCGAUUCAAAUGUUUGCUUGCCUAUUCACCUAAGAAGGCGUAACGGAGAGGAAAUGGCAGUAACACUGGCUAGUUCACAGCGUUUUCUUCCCCAGAAGUUGCUUUGUCAUAAUACAUUCGAGUCAUACAAUUUAUCAACAACGACGAGCAUACCCUUUCACAA